UUAGUGUUGUUUCAAAGAUCGCCUGGUAAAGACGUGCAGCGGAUAAACAAAUCUUGCAACAUUUUUGUGGAUUAUUAUAAAACUUCGUAAACCAAAAAAAUGGCCAGCGUUUGCAUGACCCAAAGCAACUUUCAACAACCUCAACAUCAUUUCCAAAUCAUCAACGGCAACAUGAUGAUGUUGCCUCAACAGGCCAAUGGCCAUCACCACAUGCAAUAUGUGAAUAAAUUGCAGCCCAUUGCUCCUGCACAACCCAAAGUCUUGGGAACCAGCAAUUUGCAGAACAUACAACAGAACUCUGCUGUGGGCCCCAUGAUGGAAAAGAAGCGUUUCACCUACAACGCCAUGCCCUAUGGUGAGCAAUUGCCCUCGGUGGCUCGUCGCAAUGCACGUGAGCGUAAUCGUGUCAAGCAAGUCAACAAUGGUUUCUCCAAUCUGCGCCAACACAUCCCCCAAUCGGUGAUCAAUGCCUUGUCCUCGGGCGGCCGUGGGGCCAGCAAGAAACUCUCCAAAGUCGAUACUCUACGCAUUGCUGUUGAAUACAUUCGUGGUUUGCAAGAUCUCUUGGAUUCAUCAGAGGGUGGCUCGGUCAACAGCAGCAAAGUGCCCACCAGCUCCUUUAACUACGACGACUCCAGCAAUGAUGGCAGCAACUAUGGUUACUCCUCCAUGGAUAGUCCUGUGGACAAUCAUACCUACCAAAUGACGCACUCUCCCACCUCCUCUUAUUCGGAUUCUGAUGUGUCCAUCAAUGCCGCCAACAGUUUUGUGACCCCCUUGAAAUUGGAAGAACCCGAUCAUGACUUCAAAUUCGAAUCCUUCGAGCAGGGCGAUGAUGAAGAGCUAUUGGACUAUAUUUCCUCAUGGCAAGAUCAAUAAGGUGAUCAAGUGGAUCAUCUGCUCUUCAAUCAUUGUGCAACAC